AUGGAGCUACUUUGGCUGCUGGUCUGGCUUGCCUUGGAACAGGGAGUGGCUGGAGGAGCCGAGACUGUCAGGAACUCCAGCGAGGGUCUUCUUGAAUUUUCCUUGGGGAAAUUUAGAUACUUCAAGCUUCUCAACAAGCCCUUUCCAGAGGAAGCUGUUUUGCAUCGUAUUUCCAGCAACGCAACUUUUCUUAUUUUCCAAAAACACUCACAGUAUCAGAAUACAACAGUGUCUAAGACUCUCCUUCUCAGUACCUUGGGAACAGGCACUGACAAAGGACUGAUUUUCAUUCUUAGACCAGAGCAGAGUAUGUGCACAUGGCACUUGGAGGCUGCAGAUGCUGAGCCUAUCCUGAGCAUGGCUAUUCCACUCUCCUACUUAGAAAGAGAUCCUGUUCUUGGAGGCUAUAAUUUGGAGUUUGAUCUAGGUAUCAAUCCCAACACUUACUUGGAGUAUAAUUUCUUUGAAACAAGCAUCAAAUUUGCCCCAGCAAACCUAGGCUAUGCAAGAGGCACAGACCCUCCACCAUGUGACCUUGGGAUGGGCCAGGACUCUAGGUGUUGGUUGUGGUAUGAUGUCUAUCAGUAUUUUCUGCCUGAGAAUGACCUCACUGAGCAGGUGUUGCUGAAACAUCUGCAGAGAAUGGCCGAGGUGCCUCAGGUGAAGGCCAAUGCUAUCAAAGUGAUUACCCUAACAGCUAAUGAUAAGACAAGUAUUUACUUCUCCUCUCUCCACGUACAAGGUGUAAUUUAUAAUGUCAUUGUUUGAGACUCACUUCUAAGUACAUCUGCUGCUUAUGUUCCUGCUCACAUAUAUGCUUGCAGCUUUAAGGCAAUGGAGGGUAAUUGCUCUUCUCCUGGAAGAGUAUCUACCAAAGUGUUCUUCACUCUCUUUGCCCUGCUUGGUCUCUUCAUUUGUUUCUUUGGACAUAGAUUCUGGAAAACAGAAUUAUUCUUCGUAGGUUUCAUCUUCAUGGGAUUCUUCUUUUAUAUACUGAUUACAAGACUGACACCUAUUAAGUACGAUGGAAACAUAAAGAUUUUUUGUGAUGAUGCUGUGUUUUGGAUGACCUUCUCUUGUAUAGCUAUUAUCAAUCCAGAAGUUUUCCUGGGCUGCCUAAGAAUACCAAACAUACUGACUUGUGGAAUCAUUGACUCCUAUUCGGUGGUUCUGGCCAUUGAUAGUUACUCGUACACGAGCCUUUCCUACAUCCCUUUGAACGUGCUCAAUAUGGAUUUCCAUGGAGCUUUCACAAACGUGCCUUUUGAAACUACUGACUUUAUUAUCCUGGCAGUAUGGGGGAUGCUGGCAGUAAGUGGAAUUACGUUACAGAUUCAAAGGGAAAGAAGUCAACCAUUUUUCCCUCCCCACACUUACAAGUUACGGAAGAGAGAGAGAGAGUGCAGAGUAACAAACAUUCUGGACCCUACUUACCACAUCCCUCCAUUGAGAGAGAGGGCCUAUGGCCAAUUAGCCCAGAUCAAAGAGUUUUUCCAGGAGCAACAGUCAGCUGGAGAGAGAACACCACUACUUCUGUAG